AGGGAAAAAUAUUCCUACGGACAAUUUCCGGAGACCAACAGCUGCUAAGCUGCUAGGCUAAAAUCAAGCGCAGUCAUCGCUUCAUUUCCCCAGCUGAUUGGGUAUUCAACACGAAAACAACAUGGAUGGUGAAGAGAGAACCUACGGUGGCUGUGAAGGUCCAGAUGCCAUGUAUGUGAAGUUAAUUUCUUCAGAUGGGCAUGAAUUCAUUGUGAAACGAGAACAUGCUUUGACCUCUGGAACUAUCAAAGCUAUGCUAAGUGGACCAGGGCAAUUUGCUGAGAAUGAAACCAAUGAAGUGAACUUCAGAGAGAUCCCUUCACAUGUUCUCUCUAAGGUCUGCAUGUAUUUUACCUACAAGGUCCGGUACACCAACAGCUCAACAGAAAUUCCUGAAUUCCCCAUUGCCCCAGAGAUUGCACUGGAAUUGCUCAUGGCUGCAAACUUUUUGGAUUGUUAAGUGUUAAACUUUUUUUUUUUUUUUUUCUUUUGAUAUUUUGAGUAUUUAACUUGGUUUUUCAUGUUCCUCAUAAAACAGAAAUGUAUCACAUUGGUUUUGUGUAUCAUUGUUGUUUGCAUCUGACUUACUGUCAUAAUUUUAUUAUUAUUAAAUGAUUGAAUUUUAAAUAACUUUGGACGGCCUGUGUUGAAGUCCUGGAAUGUUAAAAAUUACCUAACCCUCCCCACUAUUGUCCACUCACCAUGGAAUCUAAAUAAAAA